CUUUUAAUGCUUCACCUUCUCUCUGUCUCUUCUCUUCUUUUCUUUCGUUCUUUCUCUAUCACAUUACACCCCCUGAGAAUAAUACCAAAAUCGAAGUUAAGAUUUAAGAAAGAUCCAGGAACAUUUUUCCUAUUCUCUCUCCAGAAACCUUGUGUUUUUUUUUUCUCAAGAAAAAUGGCAAACAGUGGGUUUCCGGUAUGCCUUGCAGGGAUCAUGCGUCCACUUCCUCUCUCUAAAGAGAUGACAGAUCACAUUGGAAGAAGGGAGGCCAUGAAAAAACUUAGAGUUCAAAUGGGAGAAAAAUGGAACAUAACAACUGAUGAGAGAAGCCAUGGCAGAGAAUUUAGAGAGAAAAUAAGUGAAGCUGAUGCAGAUCUUAUUGCUGGUCUUCUUCGUUUGGCUUGUACAGCGAAGGCUGCUUAAGUAAGCCUAACAUAGACCAAAGUGUAUUUAUUUUGGUUUUCUGUUGUUUAUGUUAUCUACUCUUGCCUUUUGGGAGGUUGUGAAGGCUUAGAUUUGUGUAACUAACUUUAUUUAUCUAUUAAUUACUUACUUCGGUCCACGAUAA